GUGUUACUUUAUUUUCUCAAGAGCAUUUUCCAAACAGUGCCUUCUUGUUCUUCUUCUUCUUCCCAUCCACUCCACCCACACUCUCGAUUGUUUCUUUCUAUUUGUCGUUAUCAGUAGAAAAAUGGGAAGCAUUGGGGCGGAGAAAACCAUAACAGGAUGGGCUGCCAGGGACUCAUCUGGUGUUCUCUCACCUUACACUUACACACUUAGAGAAACCGGUCCUGAAGAUGUGUACAUCAAGGUCACGUGCUGUGGAGUUUGCCACACUGAUGUUCACCAGGUCAAAAAUGAUCUGGGCAUGUCCAACUAUCCUAUGGUCCCAGGGCAUGAAGUUGUUGGUGAAGUUAUGGAAGUGGGAUCCGAAGUGACCAAGUUCAAAGUAGGUGAUAUGGUCGGAGCCGGCUGCAUAGUCGGCUCCUGCAAACACUGCCAGCCAUGCAAGUCAGACAAUGAGCAGUAUUGCAAUAAAAAAAUCUGGUCUUACAACGAUGUCUACACCGAUCAAAAGCCUACUCAGGGUGGCUUCGCCGAGGCCAUGGUGGUCGAUCAAAAGUUUGUGGUACAUAUACCAGAAGGAAUGGGGGCAGAACAGGCUGCGCCUCUACUUUGCGCCGGAGUAACGAUCUACAGCCCAUUGAAGCACUUUGGAUUGAUGCAAAGUGGGCUAAGAGGAGCGAUUUUGGGGCUGGGAGGAGUGGGACACAUGGGGGUGAAGAUAGCCAAAGCCAUGGGACACCGUGUGACUGUGGUAAGCUCUUCUGACAAGAAGAGAGAGGAGGCUCUCGACCAUCUUGGAGCUGAUGACUACCUUGUUAGCUCUGAUGCAGCCAAAAUGCAAGAGCAAUUUGACUCUUAUGACUACAUAAUCGACACAAUUCCUGUUUUUCACCCACUUGAACCUUACCUUUCGCUUCUGAAGCUUGACGGGAAGCUGAUUUUGAUGGGUGUUAUCAACACCCCACUUCAAUUUGUCAGCCCUAUGGUUAUGCUUGGGAGAAAGGCCAUUACUGGAAGCUUCAUUGGGAGUAUAAAGGAAACAGAGGAAAUGCUUCAGUUUUGUAAAGAGAAGAACUUGACUUCCACGAUCGAGACUGUGAAAAUUGAUUACAUUAACACAGCUUUGGAAAGAUUGGAAAAGAAUGAUGUUAGGUACAGGUUCGUUGUUGAUGUUGCUGGAAGCAAGCUUACUUGAAUGGUGAAAAAGGAAGAACGAGUACUAAUUAAAGGAGGAAAAGUCUUAUACAUACCAAACCGAAGAAGAUAAAAACAAAAGUGUUUGUUUGUUUGUUUUUUUUUUUUUUUUUUUACAUUUUUUUUAAUCAAAUGCUCUGUUCGUCUGUCUCUGCGUGGGAACAGUUUCGUUAAGUGGCAUACUGUUGAUGCUUUCGUUAAUUUUCACUGUUUCUUUAAAAAAAAUGACAAUUUUCAUUAAUGUGAUCAUUAAGUAGUUUGAUACGGUUUGUAAAGUCGUAAUGAGGGUGAAAGAUAUCAAACUCUGAAUUUGUGGAUUGGAACGCAAGUCUUUUUCGUGCGUUGUCCUUCAGUAUUUAAUUAGUGGUUGGUGUUUGCCACUGAUGGCGUUAAGGAUUCUUGAUGAUCUCUGUUCAGGAAAAUAAUAAUAAAAAGUUUCUCCCAAUGAAAGAUUUAGUAUCAA